AUGACUGUUGCACCAACAGCAUACUAUGAUCAAGAGAAUGGAGGUAGAAUUCCCAUAUUUACACCGACUUGGGAUGAAUUCAAAGAUUUCAAAGUAUUUGUCGAAAGCAUCGAGGAAUACGGCAAACAAUCAGGCAUUGUCAAGAUCAUCCCACCAAAAGAAUGGUACAAGGCUUCCAUUGCAGUUAAUCAGUCAAAGAAGAAGAAGGAGCUAAUAGUAGAUAAUAGGAAAAAUCAACUACCAAAAUUACAGCAACAUCAGAUAAACAAUAUCAAAGUGACCAAACCAAUCACACAACACAUUAUUGGCGGCCGAGGCGUGUUCACUCAGACAAACAUCGAAGACAGAAAAGAGUAUACACUACAGCAGUGGUAUGAAAUCUGUCAGAAAGAUCAGCAUCGGCCAAUCAUACGGAACAGCCAUCAGCAGAAUCAGGAAACCAGCCAUCUAACAGAAGAUCAGUACAAGGAGAUUGAGAGAAACUACUGGCGAAACAUCACAUUUAAUCAGCCCAUGUAUGGAGCUGAUUUACUGGGCACUUUAUUCGACUCAUCCAUUACCUCAUGGAACCCAAAUACAUUGGACAAUACGCUCAACAAGCUGAACCAAACAUUGCCCGGAGUAAACUCGCCUUACUUGUAUUUUGGCAUGUGGAAGGCGACAUUUGCAUGGCAUGUUGAGGACAUGGACUUGUACUCUAUCAAUUACAUACAUUUCGGUGCACCCAAGCAAUGGUAUGUGAUUCAGCCCUGUCAUCAAAAGCGAUUUGAAACUUUCAUGCAAACCACGUUUUUCAAUCAAUAUAAAUCGUGCCAUGAAUUCCUGAGACACAAGACAUUUAUUGUAUCACCCACAGUGCUUGAAAACAAUAAUAUCCCAGUCCAGCGAUGUGUUCAACAAGCAGGCGAGUUUAUAAUCACUUACCCUUUUGGUUAUCACUCUGGCUACAAUCUUGAUUUCAACUGCGCGGAAAGCGUCAAUUUCGCAAUGGAUUCUUGGCUGGAGAUUGGCAGAAAAGCGAAACCUUGUACCUGCAUUGAUGACUCGGUCGUGAUUGACGUGAAUAGUCUGUUCGAUGGCGCUUUAAAUAGCACCAUUGAUCAUUCUACUACUGCUACUGGCACCACUCUCAAAACCAAGAGAAAAUUGGAUGAAAUCACGCGAGAAGAAAACGCAUGCGUACUCUGCUCCAACCCUACACUGCAGCAACAACAUGAAGAACCCUUGCUAGCAACGAAUGAAAAUAGCCAUCACAAGCACAUUCACAAAAUCUGCGCUGAAUCGGUGGAUGAGACAUACAUUGUAAAAGGCAUUGUGCGCGGUAUUGGCGAUAUUCCUGCCUCACGGUGGAAGCUGGUCUGUGUCUAUUGCAAAGAAAAGGAAGGUGCUUGUAUGCAAUGCUGUUAUGGACGAUGCUGGAAGGCUUUCCAUGCUACAUGCGCCAUUAAGCAUGAUGCAACCAUGAAGCGCAUUCAUUCAGAUGCAUCCAAACCACAUUCUCUGUACAAUGGCUAUUGCCCACAGCACGAUCCAAAGCGAAUAGAUGAAAAGAAGCGCCUAAAAGAAGCACAAAUCAAAGAAAUGGCCAAAAAGUUUCAGGUAGGAUUAGAGGUGCUUAUGAAAUGGAGAGGCGGGGGCAUGUAUACAGGUACUGUCAGUGAAUGCUUACCGGAUCAGAAAAUGUGUCGAGUCUUGUUGACUGAUGGCAGUGUUCGAAAGGUAUCCUGGAGAGACAUUGUUUAA